AUGUCAGAAAUAGUCCAAGAAAUAAAUAAAUAUUUGGUAUUUCCAGUUGAUUACCCAUCACAAAAGAAAUUAAAUGAUAGAACACAUAUUUUAAUUAUAUUAUUUGGUAUAAUUUCAUUCGUGUAUGGAUACGUGACACAGUCAAUUAAGAAUUUAUUAAUUUGUUAUGGUGUUGGUAUAUUAAUAACAAGUUUAAUAAUUGUUCCAGCGUACCCAUUCUAUAAUAAACAAAAAUUAAAUUUUGUGACACCAAAGAGGGUUAACAUUGAUAUAGCAGAAUAG